GACGUUUCCAAUUAACUUGCAGGGCAAAGAAUAAGAAAUCCAAUAAAAAUUUUCUAUUGCCGCUCGAAGUACAUAAUUUUUUAAUUUUAAUUUAUUAAUUAAAUAAAAGUUAAUCAAUUAAACUUAAGAUAAAAAUGACUUUAUAUCAUUUUGGUAAUUGUAUAGCUCUAGUCUAUGUCCCAUAUUAUAUGACCUACAAAUAUUCUGGAUUAUCAGAAUAUGGAGCAUUUUGGAAGUGCAUUCAAGCUGGGGGAAUAUACAUAUUUACUCAAUUAUGUAAAAUGUUGGUUUUAGCAACAUUCUUCGAUUCGGAAACUCUAACUUCCACAGGGGAAUAUGUUUUUCUUUCAGAACUUCUUCGCUGCAGCGUUGAUGUCGCCGAUUUGCUUGGUUUCGCAGUGAUCCUCUCAAUGAUCCCUGGAAAAGGCCAUAGUAAGCUUAUAACCGCCGGUUUGGGUUGGGCUGCUGCAGAAGUAAUACUUUCACGUGGUCUCAUGUUAUGGGUUGGAGCUCGUGGGGCAGAAUUCAGUUGGACUUACAUUCAGAAGUGUUUAGAAUCAAACGUUCUAUUGAUUCAACACAUUUCUACAGCCACACUAAUCUGGCUAUUCACCCGUCAUGAUGUGAACAAAAAACUUAAACCCUUGGUCACAUUCUUGUUGAUCGCAACAGUCUUCAAGGGUGUUUGGCUGGAGGGUCUGUUGAGUGUACUCGCAUUAGGUAUUUGGACAACAAUUGCAUUUAAGGCUUUGACCGCCGCCGGAAUUGGUUUCAUUACCUUGCAUAUUUACACAGGGCUUGCCCAACAAAUUGGCAUUUAAAAUGUAAUCUUUUUUUAAUUGAAUAUUACAAUUUAAUUAGUAAAUUAAACAAAAACAGAAAAAAAUUAAACAA